AUGCUGUUCAUAAAGAUGAUUAUGCCGAUUGCUAUCAUGGCCGCCUCUACACCUACCGCUUCUCUUCGAGGAACAGAAGUGUCGACCCCGGCACUGUCACCCGAGCACAUGCAAAAGGCCGCUCUCUCGGAUGCCAUUGUCCAAUCCAGCGCCGAUCAUGCCAAUAUCCCCCGAGACGCUGUUCACCGUUGCCACCAGUCCGUCGCCGAAUUUGGUCCCGCCCCUUCGGUGGACGAUUGCAACGGCGCGAUCAAGAAGCUUCAAGCCGUCCAAGGCGACAUCACGGUCAAUUUAGUCGAAGGUUGCUACCACGCCGUGUCGGGCAACUGCACCGCCUCGGUCUGCCCUCAGCGUGUUGGUAUUUCUACCAUCUCUCCUACGCUUGCAGCCCAGUAUAUGACAAACUCUAUCCUGACUGAAUGCAUUGCCGAUGGUCUCCGAGGAUGGUAUUUGGACAGGAGCUAUGGCAUUGGUGUCUAUUUAACCUAAACUUCGAAUCUUCGGGGCAGACACAGGGGUUUCGAGUAGAAGAAACAUAUACCUGGAUUGUGUUCGGAGUAGUUUCUUUGCAAUUCAUAAUUCGAGCUUACGGCGUUCACGGUUAAGAUAACAAUGGGAUAACCUAUUUUCGACCGUGUUCAGUUCCGUGAAAUACGUGAAGAUAUGCUCUGAUAUACGUUCUGGUAGUGCUAUGAAGUGGGACAUAUAUGGGAUAUGCGACCUGUAUUAAAACAAUAAGGAUGGUUACGCACCCUG